AUGGCUUCAAACAACGGCUCUCGGGCAGUGUUGGCGUCAGCUACCGAAAAUGCGUCUGACAGCGAAGAAAUGCAAAUUCCCAAUUUGACAAAAGACCUAUCGUCAAGUAGUGACGAAGAAAAUCCAGAGGAUUAUAAUUUGUCUAAAGUUUACUUUGGUCUUUUCGGGAGUAAUCUUCCUGAGAUAUCAAAAGGCGAAGACUACUUUCAGAAAUUACCUGAUGAAAUAAAGAGAAUUAUAUUUUGUCAGUUACCUUCGAACCAUUUAUUCGAUAUUUGUCCUAAAGUUUGUCGCGAUUGGCAACGCAUUAUUUACGACAGAAAGUUUGUACCAUGGAAGUUUCGGCAUUACUGUUACAAGAAGAAAAAUAAAAUGAACAGUGACUGGAUUCCAUCAUCUGGAAAUGUAACCACAUUUCAUUCAAGUAUAGCCUGCUUAAUAAGUGAAAUGAAAAGCCAGUCGACAACCUUCAUAGAUUUACUACCAUCUCUUAAGCAACACAUGUAUUACAAGGAAGCCAAACUUGUGCUUAAAACUUGCUUUCCACAUGGAUUUUCUAACAAUGUACCAAUUCCAUGGGCUCUUAUAGCUGUGUUUGAAAGUACUAAAAAAAUUCAAUUUAGUCCUGAACAGCUUCAAAUUAUCAAUUAUAAUGUCCAACCUGGAGAUACCAUCAAAAUCAUAGCUUUUGCUGGAACAGGGAAGACUUCGACUCUUGUGCGUUACACUAAAAUGCGUCCUGGCUUGAAGUUCCUUUUGGUUGUUUACAAUAAAUCCAUUGCUGAACAUGCCAAAACAGUUUUUCCCAAAAAUGUUCACUGUACAACUGGGCACGGUUUGGCUUUUAAAGCUACAGGCUUCAUUUAUGCCAAUAAUGAUAAACUUCAACUUAGAAACCUCAAAGUGUGUGAUUUGGAAAAUGUCCUCCGCUGUGGCAGAGAGUACAAUAGUGUCCUCCAUUGUCAAGUUCUACUGACAGUUCUAGAAAAUUUCUUUUCUUCCAAAGAUACAGAAUUGCAGCAACAUCACGUAACAGCAGCAAUGAGAGUGUGGGAAUCUAAAAUGGAGAAAGGAAAAAAAACAAUCAAUAAGCUUAUUGUUAAUGAUUCAAAAAGCAGACAGUUUAAAGAGUUACUACUCUCUCUCCCAUCUAUUCUAUUCCUUUCUUUUUUUCGUUUCUUCUUCUUCCCUUUCUAUUCUAUUCUUCUUUUCCUCCUUUUUUCGUUUCUUCUUCUUCUUCUUCUUCUUCCUUCUUUUUCUUCUUCGUUUCUUCUUCUUCUUUUUCUUCCUCCUUCCUUCUUCAUCUUCUUUUCCUUCUUUUCAUCUUCCUUCUUCUUCUUUCUUUCUCCUUCCUUCUUCUUCCUUCCUUCUUCUUUUUCUUCUUCUCCUUCUCCUUCUUCUUCUUCUUCUUCCUUCUUCAUCUUCCUUCUCCUUCUUCUUUUCUUCCUUUCCUUCUUCUUUCUUCUUCCUUCUUCUUCUUCUUCCUUCCUUCUUUUCUUCUUCCUUCUCCUUCUUUUCUUUUCUUUCCUUCUUCUUCCUUCUUCUUCUUCUUUCUUCUUCUUCUUCUUCAUCUUCCUUCUCCUUCUUCUUCUUCAUCUUCCUUCUCCUUCUUCUUCUUCUUCUUCCUUCUUCUUCUUCUUCAUCUUCCUUCUUCUUCUUCUUCUUCAUCUUCCUUCUUCUUCUUCUUCUUCUUCCUUCUUCUUCUUCUUUCUUCCUUUCUCUUCUUCUUCUUCUUCUUCUUUCUUUCUUCUUCUUCUUUCUUCUUCUUUUUUUUCUUUCUCCUUCUUCUUCUUCUUCUUCUUCUUCUCUUCUUCUUCUUCUUUCUUCUUCCUUCUUCUUCUUCUUCUUUCUCCUUCUUCUUCUUCUUCAUCUUCUUUCCUCCUUUUCUUCUUCCUUUUCCUUCUUCCUUCUCCUUUUCUUCCUUCAUCUUCUUCUUCUUUCUUUCUUCUUCUUUCUUCUUUCAUCUUUCUUCUUCUUCUUCUUCUUCUUUUCUUCUUCUUCUUUCUUUUCUUUCUUCUUCUUCUUCUUCUUCUUCUUCUUCUUCUUCUCCUCCUUUCGUUUUUCCCUUCUCAGAUUUUCUCAUCAGGAUUUGAUAAUGAACAUUGGUUAAUUGUUGCUAAAAACAUUUGGCACCAAAUGACUGACCUCAAUAACAAAAACAUUAAGAUGACACAUGAUGGUUACUUGAAAUUGUAUCAAUUAAGAGAACCCCAACUCACUAAAUAUGAUGUGAUUUUAAUUGAUGAAGCCCAAGACUUGACACCAGCCCUUGCAGAUAUUUUAAUUUCUCAGAGACUAGCCAAGAUUCUUGUAGGUGAUCCAUAUCAACAGAUCUAUGCUUUCCGUGGGGCAGUUAAUCUUAUGUCAGAUAUUGAAGCUACACAUACUUUCUACUUGACACAGUCUUUCAGGUUUGGUCACGAGAUAGCAAGUGUUGCCAGUUUCAUACUGAAUUAUUACUGCAGAAGUAAUAUGAUUUUGGUUGGCAGCUCAAAAGAAUCAACCAUUGAGGGCAAAGACAUUGGUCAAGUGGCUUACAUCUCUCGUUCUAACUCUGAAUUGAGGCUGAAAGUCAGAUGUUAUGAUUCCUUAAAUCAAGAGACAGUGCAGUGCUGCUGCAAUCUUCUUCGAGAAGAAGUCCAUGAUGAAAUUCUGCCUCCAAUAGUCAUGGAAAAGAAAAGGUUACGUUUGGUUGGUGACACUGAAACUGGAGGAUUCAUUUGCAAAAGAUGCUUAAUAAAAGAACAUCAUUCAUUAUCAAUUUUUUAUGAAAAACCUGAUUCCAUUUUGUUAUAA